UCUCUCUCUCCUCACUACUAGUUAAAGUGGUAACUAGGGGAGCAUGACUAACUAGUUGUGGGUGAAAUUAUGGGAUGCAUCGUCAUGGCAACAGACCAGACGUCACAAUCUGGGCAUGUGUGUUCCAUUUUUGUCUUUCUUAUUUUUCAGACUGGAAGACCUGGAUAGAGAUCAGUGGAAAUAAUAAUAAUAAUAAUAAUAAAAAAGAUAAAUGUUUUUUUAUUGUAUUUUUGUUUAAACUCCUGGAGAGGAAAAGCCAGAGUCGCUGCUUAAUCUUUUUUUUUUUAAUUUUUUUUUUCUUUUCUUUUUUUUUUUUUAAUUUCACCACAGCGACGAAUACAUUUCUUUUUGGGUGAAGAAAGAGACUGGGCUGCGGCGUCUGGAGGGUUAACUUUCAGUAUUCUCAGCCUAAAAGGGGUGUUUGGGGGGCUAUGAGAUAAAGAUGCCGGGGUCGCUGAGUAAUGAAGACGAGGGACAAGACGACAUGGAUUUUGAAGACGAUAUGCCAGACGAGGAUGAUGAAGGUGAGCGCAACGCCGUUCCCCUCGCGCCCCUCGACAGCUUCUUCUCCGACGACUCCCUCAAACAACAAAAGAAGAAGAAGCCCAAAAAGAUGAAAGAGGGGAAAAUGCCCAAAGUUAAGAAGAGGAAAAAGGAGGGUGGAAUCCAGCCGAGAGUGGAGAGCGACCUGGAGGAGACCUCCGAGGUGGAGGAGGAACGCGAACGUCCAGAAAUAGGCUCGGAGAGCGAGAGCAGCACGUACGGCCCGACCAAAAAGAAGAAGAAGAAACCGAAGGAGAAGAAAGAGAAGAAGCCCAGGAAGAAGAAGAGAGACGAGGAAGACGAUGACGAUGACGAUGACGAUGGGAACUUGAAGGAGCCCAAGUCAUCCAGCCAGCUGAUGCAGGAGUGGGGUCUGGAAGACGUUCAGUAUGGCUUUACUGAGGACGACUAUAAAACCAUCACCAACUACAAGGCUUUCAGCCAGUUCCUCAGGCCUCUCAUUGCCAAGAAGAACCCGAAGAUUCCCAUGUCAAAGAUGAUGACAGUGUUAGGGGCCAAGUGGCGAGAGUUCAGUGCCAACAACCCGUUCAAAGGCGCAUCUGCCACCGCUGUGGCCGCCGCUGUGGCUGCCGCAGUGGAAACGGUUACCGUGGCACAGCCGACGUCUGUCAGCAGCAGCCAGCCGAGCUCUCAGCUGGGGCCAAUCAAAAAAGCCAAAACCAAAGAGGGAAAGGGACCAGGAGUUAGAAAGAGAAGCAAGGCUGUGAAGGAGGUGAAAAAGAAACCCAAGCCGAAGAAGACCAAAUCAAAGUCGGGCCAAAGUGGGAAGAAGAAGAAAGCAUCCUCGAGCGAGGAGGACUUCCUGGAGGAGUCGGACUUUGAUGACAUCAGCAUCCACAGUGCCUCUGUGCUUUCUGAUACCUCGGGGGCCGCCACCAAGAAAAAGGCGCGACGUGGGCGGAAAAAAAGGAAAAAGGAAGAUGGCGACGGUUACGAGACGGACCACCAGGACUACUGUGAGGUUUGCCAGCAGGGCGGAGAGAUCAUCCUGUGUGACACCUGUCCCAGAGCGUACCACCUGGUGUGUCUGGACCCUGAGCUGGAGAAGGCCCCCGAGGGCAAAUGGAGCUGCCCACACUGUGAGAAAGAGGGCAUCCAGUGGGAGGCCAAAGACGAGGACGAGGAGGAGGAAGAGGCGCCGGGCGAGGAAGAGGACGACCACAUGGAGUUCUGCAGAGUGUGUAAAGACGGAGGCGAGCUGCUGUGCUGUGACACCUGUCCAUCGUCCUACCACAUCCACUGCCUCAACCCGCCUCUCCCCGAGAUACCCAACGGGGAGUGGUUGUGUCCCCGCUGCAUGUGUCCUCCCCUCAAAGGCAAGGUGCAAAAGAUUCUCCACUGGACAUGGGGAGAACCUCCGUUACCAGCUGAACUGCCUGCAGGCCCUGACGGCAAGCCAAGUGAUCCACUGACCAAGCCUCCGCUCAAAGGGCAUCCAGAGAGGGAGUUCUUCGUAAAGUGGGCUGGCCUCUCGUACUGGCACUGCUCCUGGGUCAGCGAGCUGCAGUUGGAGCUGUAUCACACCGUCAUGUAUCGGAACUACCAGCGCAAGAACGACAUGGACGAGCCGCCGCCGUACGACUACGGCUCCGGGGAGGAGGAGCUCAACAGCGAGAAGAGGAAGAGCAAGGACCCCCAGUACGCCGUGAUGGAGGAGCGCUUCUACCGCUACGGCAUUAAACCGGAGUGGAUGGUUAUCCACCGGAUACUCAACCACAGUUUUGACAAGGAUGGCGAUGUGCAUUACCUGAUCAAGUGGAGAGACAUGCCCUACGACCAGUGCACCUGGGAGGUGGAUGACUUUGACGUCCCAGAAUAUGACGGUCACAAAGCCUCCUACUGGGACCACAGGGAACAAAUACUCGGGGAGGACCAGCGCCCUCUGGUGGUGAGGAAAGGAAAGAAGCUGAAAGACGACCAUCCGAAGAGGGAGGUCCCUCCUGAUGCGCCCAUCAUUGAUCCAACCAUCAAGUUUGAGCACCAGCCGUGGUACAUCAACGCCACCGGGGGAACCCUGCACCCGUACCAGCUGGAGGGCCUGAACUGGUUGAGGUUCUCCUGGGCUCAGGGCACUGACACCAUCCUGGCUGACGAGAUGGGCCUCGGGAAGACGGUGCAGACGAUAGUGUUCCUCUACUCGCUCUACAAGGAGGGUCACUCUAAGGGUCCCUUCUUGGUGAGUGCGCCCCUCUCCACCAUCAUCAACUGGGAGAGGGAGUUUGAGAUGUGGGCUCCAGACUUCUACGUGGUGACAUACACUGGAGACAAAGACAGCCGGGCGAUCAUCAGGGAGAACGAGUUCACCUUCGAGGACAGUGCAGUGAAAUCAGGACGCAAGGUGUUUCGCAUGAAGAAAGACACCCCCAUCAAGUUCCACGUGCUGCUGACGUCCUACGAGCUGAUCACUAUCGACCAAGCCAUCCUGGGCUCCAUCACGUGGGCCUGCCUGGUGGUUGAUGAGGCCCACAGACUGAAGAACAACCAGUCAAAGUUUUUCAGGAUUCUCAACGGGUAUAAGAUCUACUACAAGCUGCUGCUCACUGGGACUCCUCUUCAGAACAACCUGGAGGAGCUGUUCCACCUGCUUAACUUCCUCACCCCAGAGCGCUUCAACAACCUGGAAGGCUUCCUGGAGGAGUUUGCCGACAUUUCGAAGGAGGACCAGAUCAAGAAGCUCCACGACCUGCUCGGCCCUCACAUGCUCAGGCGGCUGAAAGCUGACGUGUUCAAGAACAUGCCUGCAAAGACAGAGCUGAUUGUCAGAGUGGAGCUCAGCCCCAUGCAGAAGAAAUAUUACAAGUUCAUUCUGACGCGAAACUUCGAGGCUCUGAACUCCAAAGGCGGAGGGAACCAAGUGUCCCUGCUCAACAUCAUGAUGGACCUGAAGAAGUGCUGCAACCAUCCCUACCUGUUCCCCGUGGCUGCUGUGGAAGCUCCUGUGUUACCCAACGGCUCGUACGAUGGCAACCUACUGGUGAAGUCCUCAGGAAAACUGACGCUGCUUCAGAAAAUGCUGAAGAAACUCAAAGAUGAGGGACACAGAGUUCUCAUUUUCUCUCAGAUGACUAAGAUGUUGGAUCUGCUGGAGGAUUUUCUGGAGUUCGAAGGUUAUAAAUAUGAACGUAUCGACGGAGGGAUUACUGGAGGCCUGAGGCAGGAGGCCAUCGACCGCUUCAAUGCACCGGGCGCUCAGCAGUUCUGCUUCUUGCUUUCCACUCGAGCUGGAGGUCUCGGCAUCAACCUGGCGAGCGCUGACACUGUCAUCAUCUACGACUCGGACUGGAAUCCUCACAAUGACAUCCAGGCAUUCAGCAGAGCCCACCGUAUAGGCCAGAACAGGAAGGUGAUGAUCUAUCGCUUCGUGACGCGCGGCUCAGUGGAGGAGCGAAUCACUCAGGUGGCGAAGAGGAAGAUGAUGCUGACCCACCUGGUGGUGCGGCCCGGCCUGGGCUCCAAAACCGGCUCCAUGUCCAAACAAGAACUGGACGACAUCCUCAAGUUCGGCACCGAGGAGCUUUUCAAGGAUGAAAUGGAGGCAGCGCGAACCAUGGGUCAAAUCCACGGCUGCUCGAGGAAGACGUUAACUCGGAGCUUCCCGUCGAUGGGCGACAACAAAGACGGCGAAGAGGGCAACGUGAUUCACUACGACGACGACGCCAUCUCCAAGCUGCUGGACCGCAGCCAGGACGCCACCGAGGACACGGAGAUUCAGAACAUGAACGAGUACCUGAGCUCCUUCAAAGUGGCCCAGUAUGUGGUGAAGGAAGAGGACGGAGAGGAGGAGGUGGAGCGGGAGAUCAUCAAGCAGGAGGAGAACGUGGACCCGGACUACUGGGAGAAACUCCUCCGCCACCACUACGAGCAGCAGCAGGAGGAUCUGGCCCGCAACCUCGGCAAAGGCAAACGCAUCCGGAAGCAGGUCAACUACAACGACACGACCCAGGAGGACCAAGAAUGGCAGGAUGAUCUUUCAGACAAUCAGUCGGAGUACUCGGUGGGGUCCGAGGACGAGGACGAAGAUUUCGAGGAGAGACCAGAAGGUGGACGCAGACAUUCUCGCCGGCAGCUGAAGAGUGAGAAAGACAAACCUCUGCCGCCCUUACUGGCACGAGUUGGGGGCAGUAUUGAGGUCCUGGGAUUCAACGCUCGGCAGAGGAAAGCCUUCCUCAAUGCCAUCAUGCGCUGGGGCAUGCCUCCUCAGGACGCCUUCAACUCCCAUUGGCUGGUUCGAGACCUGAGAGGGAAGAGUGAGCGCGAGUUCAGGGCCUACGUGUCUCUGUUCAUGAGACAUCUGUGUGAGCCGGGAGCAGACGGAGCCGAGACCUUCGCCGACGGCGUCCCGCGAGAGGGGCUGUCUCGUCAGCAUGUCCUCACCAGGAUCGGAGUCAUGUCCCUUGUCAGGAAAAAGGUGCAAGAGUUUGAGCAUGUGAAUGGAAAGCUGAGCUCUCCAGAUCUGAUUCCUAUCGGCAUGGAGCUGAAGAAGCUGACUGAGAGUUUAUCUUCUGAUCCCAACACCCCGGUGCCAGCCAGCCCCGUCGCCACGCAGCCCGGCACUCCCGUCCCUUCAGAGAAGACUGAGUCUCUCUUGGGCGCCGCUGAGGACAAGGAGACCACAGAGCAAGAUAACAAGAAACUGACAGAGCAGGAAACCUCCAGUGCGGAGCCGGCAUCUGUACCCGAGAAGGCAGCUGACAGUGAGGAGAGCAAGGCCGGCUCAGAGGAGAAAACGGGAGAUGAGAGGGACAGAACCGAGUCACCUUCCGCAAAAGCAGAACCAUCUGCCAACCCGAAAGAGCCCGCUUUGAAACAGACAGAGCUGCCAUCAAGUCAAACCUCACCGAAAUCGGAGCCCUGCAAAGAAACAGAGAAGUCCUCAGAAAAAGGAGAAUCUGAGUCUCCUCAGGCAAAAACUGAGGACAAGGAAAACAAGCCAGAUGACAUGAAGGGCGAGGAGGCUCUGGAGGGUCGACUGAAUGGAGACAAAGACACUUUGGAUGAGAUGGAUGAGAGCAGGAAGGAGGACAAAAAUGGAUACAAAGCCAAGUUCAUGUUUAACAUCGCUGAUGGAGGAUUCACAGAGCUGCACACCCUGUGGCAAACCGAGGAGCGAGCGGCGCUGUCUUCUGGAAAGAUGCAUGACAUCUGGCACCGUCGCCAUGACUACUGGCUGUUGGCUGGCAUCGUAACACAUGGCUACGCUCGCUGGCAAGACAUUCAGAAUGACCCGCGCUACGCUAUUCUGAAUGAGCCCUUCAAGACGGAGAUGCAUAAGGGAAACUACCUGGAGAUGAAGAACAAGUUCCUGGCUCGCCGCUUCAAGCUGUUGGAGCAGGCGCUGGUGAUUGAGGAGCAGCUGAGGAGGGCAGCUUACCUGAACAUGACCCAGGACCCCAGUCACCCGGCCAUGGCUCUCAACACUCGCUUCACUGAGGUGGAAUGUCUGGCAGAGUCCCACCAGCACCUGUCCAAAGAAUCUCUGGCCGGGAACAAGCCUGCCAAUGCCGUGCUGCACAAAGUGCUGAACCAGCUCGAGGAGCUUCUGAGUGACAUGAAAGCCGAUGUGACGCGACUGCCCAACAUGCUGUCCAGGAUCCCGCCGGUGUCGGCCCGCCUGCAGAUGUCCGAGAGGAGCAUCCUGAGUCGCCUCACCAGCCGAGGGAGCGAGCCUCCACCACAGCAGGUGAGAUGGGCUGCUGUGGUCGAGAAGCCUUUCAGUCAGGGGGGGUUCGGCUGCUCUCAGAUGUACAGCAGCAGCUUUGGUGGAGGGUUCAGAGGCCCGGGUGGACAGCCUAUGGUCAACUACAGUCAGAUGCCGCUGGGACCCUACGUCAGCGAUCACCUCAGCUGGCAGCCACGACAUGGCUACAAUGACUCCAACGUAAUCCUUUCCGAAGGAAAGGCGAUCUACUGUACCAACUCCAACAGUUAUGUGUCCACUAACGGCCCUCCACCCCCAACAAGCCAUCUGGACAAGAAGUCACUCGACUCCUUGAGAGACGUGGCUACGCCUGACCUCAAGUCGGGCAAACCUAGUGAUGUCAUCUGCAUUGAGGACUAGACCAGCUCUGUAACGCUGACCUGCGGUCAGAAACUCCCAGGGAUGGAUUCUGUAUGGAUGACAGCUGCCCAUCUCCUCCGCCACAUCCUCCUCUUUUCUCUCCUGACUUCGACUCUACAAAAAUCGAGCUCUCUGUCUGCAUAUAAGGCGACUAACUUUUUGAUUAAUGCAGAUGUAUCUAUCUUAACGAUUGCACUUUUAAUCUUUCAUGGAUUCUAUAGAAGUAUUUCAAUAGGUAUUUGCUUUUGUUAACCUGUGCUGCAGAGCGGAGGACGAGGAGGGAAACAGGAAGCAGCUUUUUUUUCUGACAGAGGAUCUUUUCAGUUUUGUUUUUUUUUUGUUUUUUGUUUUUUGUGCCCUGCACUACAAGGAGGAACUCAAGCAAGUUGGCAUGACUGAGUCUCCGACGCUCUUGAUUGGGGCUCGUUCUAAUCUUGGAAUGUGUGUUUCUUUUUCUUCGUGCCAGCCUCGACUUUUUCAUUCUGCGUGCCCCCCCCUCUCUCUCCCCUCUUGUUGCUUUUACCCAUCUUGCCUAUUCUCUGUACACUGUGACUGUGCCCCCGCUGGAGCUUGUUUCCUGUGUAGGAAGGAGUCGAGUCUUCAGUCAUAGUUUGAUAAGGAGGCUGUUUUUACCCGAGGGCCUAUAUUGUUACUUUAAAUGAAUAUGUGUUUUUUGUCAUUCACGUAGUAACCAGUGGAUAAAUUAUUGAUUUGAAAGCAUCAAAAAACUAUUCUCAUGUAUGCAGUAGCUGGACACAGUCUGUCUGAAUCCUCUAAAGACUGCCACCCGCUGGUAAUUUGGAGAAAGUAAUCUCUGCCAAGCCUGCAGAUACAGUUUACUGCAGCACCAGUCUCCUGUGAGGGGUUGGCUUCUUGUACUGUACAUACUCAGAGACUGCUGUUUAUUUUACCUCACAUAGGUCUAAUCAUAGUGAAAAAUAUGUAUACAAACAUGGAUGAAAUCAGAGGCCUGGCUUUGGCGUCGAGACACGAAGAUCACGCAGAGAAGAAAAAAAAAAGCUGGCAAAAGUGAUUUUUAACACAUUUCAGAGAAGACUGAGUAUUUCUGUGUAUGGUACGAUAUUUGUGAUUCUUAUUAUAUUUGAAUGUUAGUAGUGGCUGUAGAGCUUAACCCUGCGGCCACGACCAGUGGGACUGCACUAUAAACAGGAACUCAUCUGGUCCACGUCCACAGACGGGGCUUUAAUGUCGCCCCGAGUGGAGAGUGGCUGUAUUUUUUUUCCUCUCCUCUCUUCGGGACUUUCCCCAGUUCCCUGUCAUUGUUAGAAACUGAAUAAGAACAUGUGUGCUUUCGGCGCAACGUCACCUUAAGUCUGGUAUUUGUCGCAGGAAAAAAAUGCGCUUUUUGUUCGCUUCUCUUUACGUUAAGGUAAAAAUAAGACGUAUUUGGUCACUCGGUGCCAUUAAAGAAGACGAUCCCAGUAUGAUUUGUUCUUUGAUGCAGUGUAUUUCCUCCACUGAGGCGAGGACUCAACCUAAAACCUACAUUUGGGGGGGAUUCUCUCUGUAUAUCAGCUUUGAAGGACCAAUGUUGCACAGCGUUACAUUACAGUAGAUAAUGUCUUCACUUCCAGUUUUGUUUCGGUUCUUUCGGGAGUGUUAUCUUGCUGCCUAUUGCUUUACCUGGUGUGAGGACACGUUAGCAUGGUAUAGCUACAUAUCUUGUCCAUUCCCUCUCCUACUAUUAUGUGCUGAAGUGACCAGUGUCCACUGAGUGAAACAAUCUUUUAUAAAUUCAAGCGCACUACAUUUCCUUUUUCUAUGAAGGCAUUGCUCGAAUGUUUCGAUUCAAAGUGCAAAUUGUUAUUGACAUGUUUCCUUUGUUUUAUUUUCAUUUUUCCAAAGACCAGUGGCAUUACCUGUGUGUAUUAUUAUUAUUAUUAUUAUUAUUAUUAUUAUUAUUAUUAUUAACUGACAUCGCCACAGCACUUAUUCGACAUUGUUGGGAUGCCGACUGUGAUUGGACUAAUCUAAACGAGAGAAGAGGCGGUGUACAGAGUUGGUGAGUGUAUUUUCUUACUGCGGCCUCCUCGCCCAUCAUUCCUCGGACGACUCGCUUUAACUUCCGACUAAAAAUUAAAAAAAAAAAAAAAAAAAAAACAUCAAAAACUAAAAACCUUGAAGGUGCAUCAGUUUUUUCCCGCGCUCUUCUUCGUCAGUGUUUUAUCAGUGCCGUUUUGUUCGCCGUGUUUCCGUUUUUCCAGGCCAUCGGUUACUUGACCAUGACAUGUAUUAGGUUGCUCGACAGAUAGAACCUCAGAAACAUGUAAAUAUACUUGAAAGAUUUUUCAGAGAUAAGUCCAUCUCACACAGAUUUAUGUAUCAAACUGAAAAAAAAGAUGAAUGUCUGCUGGAUGGUGUUGCCAUAGAACUGCAGUGUGCAAAAAUCAUGUCCCCCCCCCCCCUUUUUUUUCCUCUUUCUGGAGUGACGACCGCGAGACGACGUCAAAAACACAAAGUACUCCAGUGAAAUGCAAUCAAACUGAAGUCAGUAUGAAUGUAAUGUCUGUUAGAAAAAAAAGGCUUCAGUCUAAUAUUAUAAAUAUGUUAACAAUGUAUGUACAUGCUUAUUAACAUGGCUUCAAAAGCUACCAAAAGACCCUGAUAAAAGGCACCUUUGUUGCAGUGAAUGCACAGCAUGUGAAGCGUUUGAUAUGACGGUUCACUUUGGGGGUGGGGGAGGCGGUAGUGUAUCUAGCAUUUACAGACAAUGAGCUCCAAGCAGUGUUAUGGUACUGAUAUUUGUGCUGUAUAGCAAUUGAAUGAAAAAAAAAGUGAAUUGUCAUCUUUUUAUUUGUAUUCUGUGUAUUUGUUCAAUGUGUUUUAAUAAAUCUUCUGGACAACAGUAA